CUACAAGUUGCUCGUAUUAUGAUUAAAUGAACACUUUACUCGAUUGUCGUAAUUUUGAAAAUGGCGUCUGCUGUCAAAAGUAAAGGAAGAAAAUCACCAAAUCCAAAGAGGACAAAUAUCUCACAGCUUGACCAAUCACAAGAUGAAGGUCCACCUAGAAGAUUGGGAGAAAAAGGAAGUCCAGACCUUCCAUCGAUCAAUGAACGUCUUGGCCACUUGAGACCUUCUAGGGAGCUUUUAGAAUAUUACAGAAAGAAAAUAGCUGAAUAUGAUGAAGAGCAUGACCACAUGGUCAGCAAAUUAGAGGAAUAUAAAAUUACUUAUGAAGAACAGCAUAAACUACAAUGGGAGUUGAGACAGAGAGAGGAAGAGAUAGUAGAAUUACAAAAGGCUCUUAGUGAUAUGCAGAUUUAUCUAUUCCAAGAAAGAGAACAUGUGCUGAGACUUUAUUCAGAAAAUGACAGAUUAAAAAUCAGAGAGUUAGAAGAUAAAAAGAAAAUACAACAGUUACUUAGUUUAAGUGGAACAACAGAAAGUGAAAUCACAUAUUUUAUGAAGGAACCACCAGCUAAAGCUAUUGUAGAACAGAAAAAGAGGCCUACAACAGCUCCUAAUAAUAACCUUAGAAAUGGCAUGAAGAAAAAACAGCUUCCAGUAUCAGAUAGACGUCAGUCCAUGUCACCUAAUCCAGAAGAAAAAUACAAACAUGACAAUGAAGUUCUAGUAUUACAGGUAGAAGCUUUGCAGGCACAGCUUCAAGAACAGACAAAAAUAGCCAAAGAACAGGUAGAGGCUUUAAUGGAAGACAGAAGAGUGAAAGAAGAAGAGCUGGAAACUCGUAGACAGAGAGAUGAAGCCAAAAUACACACACUUACUGAAAAAUUACAUAAAACACAGGAUUUAUUAUAUGAAAGUACAAAAGACUUUUUAGAAUUAAGAUAUCAGGGUCGUGCUAAUGAGAGACAAUGGAUGGCAGAGAAAGACAGAUUACUUAGAGAAUUAGAUAGUGCGAAAGAUAAAGGCAAUGGUCAAGACUCAUUACUAAAUAUGUCUGUUGCUACUGAGGCAAGAGCUCACUACGCAGAAGAGGUCAAGACAUUGGAUUACCAGUUACAACAAGCACAGAAGCUGGCAGAGAUGUACCGAGAACAAGUGAUCCAGUUAGAGGAUGAAUUGUCUCGGAUCAGGGAAGAAGGAGAUGUCACUAGAGAAAUAUUUAAGGGAAGAAGCGACAAGAUGACUACGAGGUUAACUAUGAUGAACCAGCGAUAUCAAGACUUAGAGAGAAGACGGAACUUAGAGGUUGAAGGAUUUAAAAAUGAUAUUAAAAAUCUCAGAUCCAGAUUGAAAGAUGUUGAAAGGCAGCUUUAUAAGGUUACUAUGGGAUUUGCUGAGGAUAUGGAUGUGCAGAAACCAGGUGAUAUUGACAUGCAAAUAUUACGAAAUGUACAUGCUACAGCUGGUAGAUCAAAGAAAAUGGUAGGAGAACUGAAAAACUUAAAAUCUAAAAUGUAUGGGCUGGAAAAUGAUCUGAAACAUUUAUGAGAAGAAGUAAAAAUGGAAGAUUUAUAUUUGAAGUUUGCAUUUGAACAGAAGACAAUACAAUCAGGAAUUAAUUGUGUUAAAAACCUGAUCAAGCUCUGAUGAAAAGAAAUCUCCUAGUAUAGUGAUUGUCCCUUUGACAGGUCAAAGGUUAAAUCUGAUUAAAAUCGACAAUUAAUAAGCAAUGGAACACAAUUUUGAUGAAUGUUUCUGACAGUUAAAAUUGUGAAACAAGUAGUCAGAAUGUAUAACAUAAAAGCUGUGAUAUUUAUUUAACUGGGCUGAACUAUCUAAAUAUGUUUUUCAUGUGAUUCUGAUAUUAUCAUUUGCAAUCCGAAGAAUGCUGGAAAGGUUGACUAUCGGACAUAUCUGAAUAGCGAGAAAAAAAAGAUUGAAAUGAAUAAAAGAAAAUGUUGUAUUGAAAAAUUAUUUGAAAAAUUAAAAUAUUAUUUUGGGAAAUUUUCUAAAAAAAACUCCCACAAAUUUUAUGCAAAUGUAAAUUAAAAUUUAUUAAGUAAAUGUUUACCCUAUAAAUAAAUUUGUUUUAGAUAUACAUAUAUGUAAAUUGUUAGUUUGACUACAUGAAAAUAUAACCCACGUAUUAUUAGAACAAAUAGAUAUAAUAAUUUGUAAUAGUAAAUGGCUAGAUAUUGAUUUUAUUCUGCCAUGUAAAGAAAGGUUGUCAGUUGUACAUAUCUGGUACAUUCCUUAAUAUUAAAAUAGAAAAUAAUAUAGGUCUGAUUGUACCUGAAAUUCUGCAGAUAUAUUUUUCUAGAUAGAAAGCCCAUUGUUUCAUAAUGUAUGUUUUGUAUAAAUAUUUAUAUUUAAUAAAAUUUAUUAACACUGAAAA